AUGACACGCACGGUAGCAGGCGUGCUGGACAAUGUACAAGCCUCCCAUACUUCGGCUCAACAAGAUGAAUCACAGAGUACUCCGUGCGAAAAGGCUGCCAAAAGUUUCAAUCAAUCUCCGCCUACAAAUCUCGAAACUGGCAAUGUUGAACCAUCAGAACCAGCAAAACCGGGGAAGAAACUGUCAUUCUAUCUGGCCGUUCUCUCCUUGAUGCUGGUUAUUUUGAUUGUAUCAUUGGAUGCGACUGCCCUAUCAGUUGCUAUUCCUGUCAUUACUAGCGAUCUCAAUGGUACGUCUCUCUCGGCUUUUUGGGCUGGCAUCUCCUUCGUGCUUGCUGUGGUCAUUGUACAGCCCAUCUACACGAGUGUGUCAGAUGUUCUUGGUCGAAAGGUGGCGUUAUAUACCGGCUUCAUACUAUUCACGAUUGGGUCGAUCAUCUUCGCUGUCGCUCAUUCCAUGUCAAUUCUCAUCCUUGGUCGUGUUAUACAAGGCCUGGGCGGAGGUGGACUGGACGUACUUAACGAAAUCAUUAUUGCCGACAUCACAACCUUGAAAGAGCGCCCUCUUUACCUUGGUUUAAUGUCCGUUCCUAUGGCAAUUGGGACUGCUUUGGGCCCUAUACUCGGUGCUGUCUUCAGCGAGAAUGUCACUUGGCGCUGGAUAGGAUGGAUCAAUUUACCUAUCAUAGCAGUAUCCGCACCACUUGCAGUCCUUUUCUUGCAUCUCAAACCUAUUGAGAAAUCAAUAUGGUCUCGUUUGGCAAGUCUUGAUUGGAUUGGUCUCGCCCUUUUCGCUAUUGGAAUCACGAUAUUUGCGCUUCCUCUCAGCUGGGGUGGGGCAUUGUACCCAUGGUCAUCAUGGAGAACGAUCGUGCCUCUGGUUAUCGGUAUUGCGAUUCUUGCAGUUUUUGCUGUUUACGAAGCCCGACCUGCUCAACCCGUCUUCCCAUAUCGUAUAUUUCGCUCCCGCACGGCUGUAGUCACCUUGCUUGGGAGCUUCAUACACGGAAUGGUCUUGUACACUUUGUUGUUCUACAUGCCCCUAUUUUUUGAAUCAGUAUUUUUGGAGACAUCCCUGGGAUCCGCGAUCUCAAUGCUACCGCUUUUAUGUAUGGUUACGGCAUUUAGCGGUCUGGCAGCCUGGGUCGUUGAGUACGUUCGGCACUAUAGAUGGGAGAUCUGGCUGGGCUGGGUGAUGCUUACCGCUGGCACUGGCCUGUUUGCUAUAUGGGAUGCUCAGUCCUCUUUAGCAAUUAAAGCUUCUUUUCAAGUUAUUGCUGGCAUUGGAAUGGGAUCUCUUUUCACUGUGCUCCCUAUGCCAAUGCAGGCAAGCGCACCAACGGCAGAAGAUCAGGGGCUUGCAGUUGGAGUGCUGGUAUCAUUCCGGCUAUUUGGUGCACUUGUUGGGCUUGCAAUAGGUUCAACGGCAUUUAGCAGUACUUUUGGCUAUGGAAUUGCUGGUCUUGGCUCCAACCUGCCGGAGGCCGUAGCAAUCCUCAAGGACCCAAACCAGGCUAUAGGGUUUAUACCUCAUUUGAGACAAUUUCAGAACUUGUCCCCCGAGGAGCUGCAUGCCAUUCAGAGUGUAUACAGAGACUCUAUGCAAACAAUAUGGUAUAUAUUGACUGGAUUCUGUGCUUUCGGCUUCUUGACAUCCCUUUUGACGGCGAGCCUGACAUUGGAGACCGAAGAGUUGGGCAGACAACAUUUCGACGGGGAUAUGGCUUGA